AUUUACGCCGCCUCCAUCCCCUCGAACCCGCCCUUGGGUCCGGGCAACCUUCAGGAUCCCGCUAUUCUUCAACCGCACAUCAUCAGCCACCUAACUCCUGCACUGCAGGAGAAGCUGCGCAACAUCGCCAUGCCGCCCCAUCUCCAGUACAACUCCCCCAAGAGCGCCUCCAGCCCCGACUCGGCUGCUGGUGAGGGCAAGACGGGGGUUUUCUCUUCGCCAGAUCCCGCCGAGAUGUCCUCCAAGGCCUCACGAAAGCGCAAGUCAUCCGCUGACCCUGAUGAGGAAGAGGAAGAUGAUGAUGGCAACCAGCCCGUCAAGAAGACGGCCCACAAUAUGAUCGAGAAGCGAUACCGGACGAACCUCAAUGACAAGAUCGCCGCCUUGAGGGACAGCGUCCCCAGUCUGCGCAUCAUGUCCAAGAGCGCGCGAGGCGAAGACACGACCGAGGAUCGCGAGGAGCUUCACGGAUUGACUCCAGCCCACAAGUUGAAUAAGGCUACCGUUUUGAGCAAGGCGACGGAAUACAUUCGACAUCUUGAGAAGCGAAAUACUCGACUGCUCGACGAAAAUGGCGCGAUGCAGGCGCGAAUCGCUGCCUUUGAAAAGCUGUUCAUGGCCGGCGCCAUGAACGGAGCAAUCAGCCCUCUGCAACAACCACCUACACCAAUUCAGUACGCCCAAGAUGCUCAACAGUUUGUCGGGUCGCCAAUGUCGGCGACGCAGGAAGGUGGCCCUCCACCAGCGGGCAUGAUUCAGGUUCCCGAUGACAUGAAGAGAAUCAUUUCAGCGCAGAUGGCUGCUGGUCAACCAUAUCCUGUGCCUCAACAGCCUUACCGAGGAGGCAACCCUGCGCUUAUCCGACAGCAACAGAUCCAGCAGCAGCAGCAAAUGCAGCAAAAUAGAUGGAGUAAUGCCGGCCCUUACUUUGGUAAGCUCAUGGUCGGUUCACUUGCUGGCCUAAUGAUAUUGGAAGCGGUGCGAGAGGAUGAGGUGAGCAACGAAAAGCCAGAAGGCCGAGGCUUGUUCGCUGUGCCUCUUCACCUCCUCCGAUCUGUGGCGUCUGGCCUUGACAUCAACGUCAUGGGCUACCACAUCCACACUUCUCUACGGAUAAUCCUACUUCUGGGAACCUUCCUUUGGGUCUUCCUCCCCUCUCUAUUCGCCAAAGCCCAGCAGAAGCCUAAGAAGUCACAGGUUGGCGUUCUGCAGGCGGCGCCAUCUUUGGCUUCGCCCAUUCACGUUCGUCGACAGGCUUGGCUCACCGCUAUUCAGACUGUUUGGGUUCCUCGCCAUAACUUCUUCCUUGAGGCGGCUGCUCUCAUUCUCAAGACGCUGAAGCUCAGCCUUCGCAAUGCUAUUGGUAUUCACGGUUACCAGAUGCUUACCGGGUUGACCGAGGAGCAGGAGACUGCCCGAGUCAAGGCGUGGAGCAUUGCCCUGGACUCUCAGCUGGCUGGCGGCGACGUUGAGAUUAACAAGAGCCGCCUGGUUCUCACUCUACUUGCCUCUGGUACCCUCCCUGAUAGCCCUAUGAGACUCAUGCUCAAGGCUCUCCACAUCCGCCUCCUUCUGUGGGAUCCCAGCCAGAACCGACUACACCUCGGCGCCAGCAACGCCAUUGCCGCCAAGCUUGCACGGACCAAGUGGAACGAGGCCCGACAACUGAACCGUCUCCUAACACAGCUUCGCCGAGGAUCAUCUGAGCAACAUGACGAUGACUUGCCCGAGCAUCUGGCUGCACUGGUCGAACAGGAAUGCGACGAGGUGCUUAACGAGGAUAUCAUCCAGCGAGCGCACAACCUGGCCUUCAACACCGAGACUACUUACAACAUCACAGCCCCUAUGGACGGAAUGGAUUCGGUGGUUGACGACACGGCGAUCGGCUCCCCACUCGAUGCCGUUGCAGCCUGGUGGUCGACUCAAACCCUGCACCGUGUUAUGCUGGCAACGAUGGAGAAGGACGAGGAGGCUCUGCUCACCAAGACGGACGACAUUGAGCUGGCUAUCAAUACCGCCCCGAUUGGAUCUACUGCGCAGGCUCGCGCCAUCGUGGCACGUGCAGUCCUGAUCGACAAGGCCCGUGGAGCUAAUAUCGCCUCGGCCCUGCAAUCGAUGGGAAACGAAAAGGUUGACGCUCUGCUGAGCACUUCCAUCUGCAUCAUCGACUCAAGUUUCCAAGCCUCGACUCCCGACCUCCGACUUGCUCUCCGCUGCGCCAUGGCCAUCGCUCACCUUCGACGAGUUGAGUGCACUCCUGGCACCACACAUCAAGGUCUCCGCAUUAUUGAAUCCAUCAUGACAAGAGGCAAUGCAUCCCAAAUGUCUCUUCUUGGCUGCACCGCAGCUCUGCAGCUAAUGGAGGAGCUCUUUGAGCACAAGGUUGCAGCAGAGACGUUCCAGUCCUCGCUGGAGCGACUAUCUGGUGGUCUCCGCCUGUGGAUGGGCGGAGCGCCCGGAGAGAAGUGCGGCGUUACAUCUGAUGUCCGAGAAAAGGUGGUAGACCGGUGUCUGACCAUCACCAAGAGCGUGGUGGGUAUGGACUCGGACACUGGCUACGGAAGCCUUGAUGAAUGCGAAGACGACGGAUGCUAGACGACGACGACAAGCGAUUAUAUAUGUUUACCUGCGACUUGAUACACCCAUAUUCACACACUUAUCAUCUACCUACGCACACACACACAUCUACCGAUAUAUUUCCUAUCACACACUCCACUUGACCACCUCUUUGCAAUCUGCUUCACUUUGCUCUUUUGAGAUGACUUUGUACGAUCAUGGGUAUCUGCUUCUUAGAAAGGUGGCAUCAGGAGUUUUACUUGGUAACGGAUAAAAAGGACAAUACAGGACGAAGGAGAGGGACACGCAAAGGAAUUGGCACAGCGCAAUCGGAAUUGUGUCAAGUGUUUCGACGAUAACCACCAUAACAUUUCAUUUUUUCCUCUUUUCUCAAGGUACAUUAUUCUUUUUUACCAAUCCUUCCAUUUUCUAUGUCUCCUCCUGUUAUGUUACGUGUCCGGCGUAGGUCACAUACACGCACACACUUUUAUAAGCGAAAGGCGGGAGAAGGGAGCCUGGUCGACUGGGUUGGCCGGGAUGGGAAAUGAGAAGGAAACCUCGACUUGGAGGACUUCAUUUUACGGAGUUGAAACGUGCUGGGCGACCUUUUUUUGGUGACGGGCUUUACUUUUAUCUUAUACGUUCAUGUCACGUCACGGCGAUGAGGGAUUGACCUGGUCUGUCGAGGGGUAUAUGUCUAUUAAUCCACACAACAAAGAUAUCCCAUACAAAUCAACCCAUGAUCGAAUCUCAGUCGCCGUUUCCC